AUGCUGAGCAGCAAGGGCCAGGGACUCCUUCCCUUUGGUUUGUGUCUCUGGUUGUGUAUAUUCAUGCCUUGCUUGAAAGGCUCUGCAGCCUGUGCAUCUGAAGAGAGACUCUUCCGCGAACUGUUUUCUCAUUAUAACCAGCUCAUCAGGCCUGUAGAAAACGUUUCUGAUCCCGUCACAGUGCGUUUUGAAGUGGCCAUCACACAGCUGACCAAUGUGAUCUGGAAUGAUUAUAAAUUGCGCUGGGACCCAGUGGAAUAUGAUGGCAUUGAGACUCUACGUGUUCCUGCAGAUAAGAUCUGGAAACCUGACAUUGUUCUCUACAACAAUGCUGUUGGCGAUUUUCAAGUUGAAGGCAAGACAAAAGCUCUUCUUAAAUAUGAUGGCAUGAUAACCUGGACUCCUCCAGCUAUUUUCAAGAGUUCCUGUCCUAUGGAUAUCACUUUUUUCCCUUUCGAUCAUCAAAAUUGUUCCCUGAAAUUUGGUUCCUGGACAUAUGACAAAGCUGAAAUUGAUCUUCUAAUCAUUGGAUCUAAAGUGGAUAUGAAUGAUUUUUGGGAAAACAGCGAAUGGGAAAUUGUUGAUGCUUCUGGCUAUAAGCAUGACAUAAAAUACAACUGUUGUGAGGAGAUAUACACAGAUAUAACCUAUUCUUUUUACAUUAGAAGAUUGCCAAUGUUUUAUACCAUUAAUCUCAUCAUCCCCUGUCUCUUUAUUUCAUUUCUAACCGUGCUGGUCUUUUACCUUCCUUCUGAUUGUGGAGAAAAGGUAACACUUUGUAUUUCAGUUCUGCUUUCUCUGACUGUGUUUUUGCUGGUAAUCACGGAAACCAUCCCGUCCACGUCUCUUGUGAUCCCACUGGUGGGUGAGUACCUACUGUUCACCAUGAUCUUUGUCACCCUGUCCAUUGCGGUGACUGUGUUCGUGUUGAACAUACAUUAUCGCACCCCAACAACACACACCAUGCCCAAGUGGGUGAAGACGGUUUUCCUCCAGCUGUUACCCCAGAUCCUGAUGAUGAGGAGGCCUCUGGACAAGAUGAGGGAGACAAGUUCUGAUAAAAACUCCAAAGGCAUUUCCAGUAGGUCCACCAAAGUCAACUUUGAUCAUUGCAGAGAGACCAAACUUCCUAAAGCAUGCUGCCGCUGUCGUAAAUCGAGUGAGCUUGCCGCCAGCAAGAGAAGAUUAAGUCAUCAGCCUUUACGAUGGAUGACUGAGAAUUUAGAGCGCUCGCCUGAUGUCGAAGAUGUAAUUAAUAGUGUUCAGUUCAUAGCAGAAAACAUGAAGAACCAAAAUGAAACAAAGGAGGUAGAAGACGACUGGAAAUACGUGGCCAUGGUGGUGGACAGGGUAUUUCUUUGGGUGUUUAUAAUCGUCUGUGUGUUUGGAACUGCGGGGCUAUUUCUACAACCGCUGCUAGGGACCACAGGAAAGUCUUAAGGAUGUAUUUUCCUUUUAGCUUUUGAAACUUACAGAUGCUGUAUUUGUUCUUUGUUCCCGACCAUCCGGAAAGGGACAUAAAGCUUUCCAUCCAAGUCCCCCAUAUACUGAAGCUGAUGGCUAGAUGGAAAAAGAGGACUUUAUUGCAAAUCAGGAGGCUGAAUGCCCUCCUUUGUAGCACGGAGGAGUACUUUAAGAUGUUUUAUAACACUGGAGCCCAGAGUUGGCAGCACCCAC